AUUCUGUCUGUUUCUUUGUUACACUCUGUGAAAUACUGCAUUCAUUAUAUUAAACUAAUCAGUACAAAAACUGCGAGCAGAUAUAACAGCCAUCCCUGAUGAAGGUCGGCGAAAAGGGAGAAUAUACCAAGUAGUCCACCACAUUCGACAUGGGGGAUGCUAAGAUGUGGACGAAUGUGCUGCAGUUGCUACAAGAGAAAACGAAUGAGUUGAAAAAUCAGUCAAAGAGACGGUACCGAAAACCAGAACCACCAAAACUCGUCCUUUCUAUCAUUGGCGAUUCGAAAAGCUUUGUACCUAAACCAUGGAUAACAUCUGUAUUCAAACAAGGACUCAUAGAAACUGCAAAAGGCGCAAAAGAUUGUUUGAUUCUCUACAAGGGUUCAUCGGAAAAGGUUAGCUCGAUCGUGAGAGAAGCAGUUGAAGAUUUUGAUAAAUUGCAAUCAGAAGGUGAUGAUGUGUUUAUAAGUCUAGUUGGAAUUCUACCGGAAGAAAACAGGUGUAAACCCAGCAUCCACCUCCAUGACGGAAACGAACAUCAUUACGGAUGGGACUAUUGGAAACAGAAGCAAAGUGACUGUCUGCUGGGAGAAAUAUAUAAUAUUUGGAUGGGGAAAAAUAAGUCAUAUGCUGAGUUUCAUGCUUCCGUUCUGAAAGGAAUAGUCCAAAACAAAAUAUCUUUCAUGACCUUAGAAGACAAGCCGUUGCAGUGGAAUGUUCCAGUUCUAACAAUAGUGGCAGAAGGUGACUUAGAUACAAUAGAAGCUGUUAAUCAAGUUCUGAAGCAAAACUUGCCUAUACUGAUUAUUAAAGGUUCGGGAAAAGCAGCUGAUUUUAUUGCUGAAUUCAUUGAGAAUGAUACCAUUGAUAUAUCUGAUUAUAUCAAGGACAAAACGCCACUGUUAUUUGGUAUUUCUUCCCAUGACCUUAUGAAAACAGAAUUUCACAGCAAAUGUUCUGGUUCGCAUAAGCAUCAGCAAAAUGACCUUGAGUCAAAUAUAACAGCGAUAAAACAAAACAAAUGCUUGAUAACGAUUAUUGAUAUAAACAGACAAACACAUCCGAAUGAAUUUACAGAUGCGGUUACAAGGGCUAUCAUUAGUGGUUGGUCCAGAAACAAAUCAGAAGACGACAACCAGAGAUUAAGCCGCUUAGAUAAAGACAGAGUUAAACGAGUACAAAGCUAUUACAGUGCUCCUGUUGAUCAGGAACAAUGUUCGUUACCGAAGAAGGAAGACAGAGUUCACCCAACAGCUGUUAGUGUAAAUGCAAUUAGCGGACCAUUUGGAAAUGAUAAUCGGAAAUUUAUGGACUCCUAUAAGGAAAUACUGACUCCAUCCUCUUUACCACUGUAUUAUUACAUUGCAUACCAGUUUAUACAGGAAAUGCAAGGGGAGAAAAGGGUUAUAAUAGAGAAUUUCAAUAUGCUGUUGAAAGAAGCAAUUGUAGCUGACAGAGAUGACUAUGUGUCGGUACUAUUAGAAGAGGGUGUCCAUUUUGAUGAUAAAUACUUUCCAGCUAUUUAUAAGGAAACACUUCAAUCUCAAAGAAAAGCAAAGACGGCUCUUCAAAAUGUUUUAAAGUGGGGUUCCUCGCCGUUUAUUCAGAAGUUUAAAGAGUUUUGCUUUCCUACGAAAGAGAAAAAGAAGGACAAACAAGUUUAUCAACACACAUGUACUGAAGUGUGUAUGAUCGCAGGUCGACAGAUUUGUCAGGCUUUGUUGGGGUAUCCUAGUGAUAACUCUCUAAAGAGGGACGAAAAAUGGUCCGCAUAUCAAGAUCUUCUUAUAUGGGCAAUUUUUGUAAACAGGCCAAAACUAGCUACCAUAUUCUGGAUGAAAUGCGAUCAACCGCUAUUGUGUGCGUUAUUGGCCAGCAGUGUGUACAAAAGAAUGGCAGGCAGUGCUAAUGACCAGGCAAUAAAGGCUGAUAUGAUUGCUCAGUCUAGUCUCUUUGCAGAUAGAGCAUUAGAUUUGCAAUCAAAACUGUAUGACGAUGACGCUGAGCUUGCAAUGGAUUUAGUUAUCACAGAGCAAACCGUUUGGGAUAUAACUUCAAGUCCAAUGCAAUGUGCUUAUGAACAUGAUAUGCUGGACGUUCUUGCUCAAACAUGUCCUCAACGACGUUUAAAUAAAAUAUGGUAUAUCGGAAUAAGUUCUAGUCUUGGAGGAUUUUGGAAGAAAGGCUGCUUCAAAGCUUUGUGCUGCAACAAAAGUUCAUCGUUUGAAGAAAGACCAAAGAUUUUUGUCGCUCCUCUUACCAGGUUUUUGUUACAUUACGUAUUCUUCUUUGGUGCUUUGGUGAGUUACAGUGCCUUCCUGUUACAAAUGGAUGUAUUUCAAGGAAUAGUCUCAAUUGGUUUCUACGAGAAAAUUAUUUAUCUGUAUCUAGUUGGAGAAAUUCUCGAGGAGUACAGGAAUGCGUUUAAGAAAGAGGCUAGUAUUGUAACAAAGAUGAGUAGAUCUACACACGAAAACACAUUACGUCAUUCCCGAUGGUAUAGAUUGAAGAAAUAUUUAUUUAAUUUCUGGAACAUCCUCGAUGUUAUUUCAUAUACGCUGACUAUCUUGGCUUUACUUGUUCGUUGGUUCCUGCCAACAAAAUCAAACAAGACUUCCAGGCGUUUUUUCAGCAUGAGUCUUUUUGCGAUGUACAUGAGAUUUCUUCAUGUCCUGUUAAUGUCGAGGUUCCUUGGGCCAAAAAUCAUCAUGAUCAAAGAAAUGUUAAAGGACCUCUUUCGAUUCAUUGGAAUAUUAUUUGUAUUUAUGAUUGGUGUUGGAGUACUGUAUCAUGCAAACAUGUACCCAGCACACCGAGAUAUGUGGAGUGCAGUCGAUUGGAAAUACUGGAGAAUAUGGAAAAUCAUUUAUAUUCCAUACUUUCAGAUAUAUGCCGAAACAUAUUUGGAGAAGUUUGAGGAAAAUAGUACUACGCCAUGUACCACAAUACAGAGCGAAUGGGAAAGUAAUCCUGACAUGGAUCGGUGUAAUGAGUAUGAUUGGAUACUCCCUGUGAUUACUGCUUUGUAUAUGCUCAUGUCAAACCUCCUCCUUGUCAAUCUUCUGAUAGCAGUGUUCAGCUAUCGAUUUGGACUGGUACAGGAAAAGUCCGAGAAAUGGUGGCGAUACAUGAGAUAUGAAGUCAUUAUGGAUUAUCGCACUAGAAUACCUGCUCCCCUUAAUCUUGUGAUCAGACCAAUAUACAUCGCAUACAGGUGCAUAAUGUGCUUUAAGAAUCAAGUAAAGAAGGACAAAGAACAAGAAGAAAAAACUGUCUGUUAUAAAAGAGAUAUAGAUAAGAUCAACACUCUUCAGUCUUUAAACGCAAUUAAAUGUGUUCACAAUUUUUGAGAUAGCAAAUAGAUGAAAAGAUCAUUGUUUUGUUGUAUAUAUGGAAGACAGAUGGAAUAUACAAAGAAAGAAAGAUAGGAGACAGAUCAUUGUUGUAGCGUUCCUAAAGCUUUUAGUAACGGCGAAUUACUUUUUCAUGAUUCAUUUGUACAUCUCUUCUGCACAUUUCAUCUUCAAAUUGCUCUAAUCUCUUUCCCAGAUAUUUUUCUUAGAAGUAUUCCUUAAGGAAAAAGCUAAAAUUAAUACUAACAAAAGUAAAACAGAAAGUUACUUGAAAUUGACAAUAUUAGAUCACUGUUCGUCUUUCAUCAAUGAGUAAAAUUUAUAUCGCAUAGACAGUUAUGAAUUCCCCGAAAUGAUAAAUGUAAACCACUUCAGACAAAAACCUAAACGCCGUACUCAAAAUACAAAAAAGUAGGAAUUGGAUUGGAAUUAUCAGUGAACUAGAAAAUAUCGUUGAACAAUGUAAAGACAGAUAUUACGAUAUCUAUUAGCUAAAAACGAGUGCUAAAGUUUAAUUGAUAUGAAACUGAAAAAUUGUUAUAUGUAUGGGUUAGUUCCCUUAUCCAUUGUUAUGUAUUCCUUGGUGGUUUUUAAUUGCUUGUAGAUAUUUCAGUAUUAAUGUUCCAUAUCUCUCUUCAUUUUCAAAUAUCGUAUACAAAUGACAGUUUUCUUUUUUUCUUUUUAUCUGCUUUAUGCUUGCAUAUUACAUCUUAAUUAUUUAUGUUGGCAAUUUAGAAUAAUAAUGUUUUUGUCCAAAUAACUUCACAUUCUCUGCAUAUAAAAUGUCGUUUUGAACCUUCCUGAUGAAGGUAAAUGCAGAAAAAUGUUCAAAAGACUAUCUUGUAUACAGUGUUAUCAUUUUCAUAAAAACCAUUUCCCCAACAAUCAUCCCCCAGAGCGAACAAAUAGAGGCACUCAUGAUAGCUAAGGUGACCUUAUCUGUUGAAUACGAAUUUAAAGGGAAAUUGUGUAUUGUUUGCACGUUAUAUGUAGCCAUUUGUCAUGUUUAUAUUUCUCAUCAUUAAAACUUUUGCUUGUC